AUGGAAUUACGUCAAAUUGCAAAAUGUCUGCAGAAGAAACAAGUACCACAAUGUAAGGAAAGCCUACAGAAGGGUAGUCAUCUGAUAAAAGGAAAAGAAGAAAACUCCAAAGAUGUCAGAGUAAAACGAUUCCACAUCUUUGUUGGAUUCACGGAUUCUCUCCCUCUCAGAAUCACACUGUUCUUCAUAUUUCUCAUCGUCUAUUCAUUGACAGUGGUAGGAAACAUGGGCUUAAUAAUUCUAGUUAAUGCUGUUUCAAGUCUACCAACCCCUGUGUAUUACCUCCUUAGCAACUUGUCUUUCUUAGACGUCAGUUGCUGCAUAGCUAUUACCCCCAAAAUGGUGGCCAACUUCUUGGCUUCCAGAAAGAGCAUCUCUUUCUAUGGCUGUGUGGCCCAGAUGCUUUUCUUUGCUUGCUUUGCAGAGGCCGAGUGCCUCAUCUUGGCAGCAAUGGCCUAUGACCGCUAUGCGGCCAUCUGCAGCCCCCUGCUGUACUGCACGCUGGUGUCCAGGCGCGUCUGCCUCGGUCUCAUUGUGCUGGCCUAUUUCUGUGGAAGUGUCACGUCGCUGGUGCACGUCUCCCUCACGUUUUGGCUUCCCUUUUGUGGGUCCAACGUGGUCAAUCAUUUUUUCUGUGACAUCCCUCCCCUCCUGGCUCUGGCCUGUGCAGAUACCCACCUCAAUGAGCUUUUGCUCUUUGCUUUGUGUGGCACAAUCCAGAUCAGCACUUUUCUAGUCAUAUUCGUCUCUUAUUUCCGCAUCCUUUUAACCGUUUUGAGCAUCAAGUCCUCGGGAGGGCGGAGCAAAACUUUCUCAACCUGUGCAUCCUACCUCACAGCCGUCACUUUAUUCUAUGGAACACUGCUGUUCACGUACUUACGCCCCACCACCAGCUAUGGCCCAGACAGUGAUAAGGUGGUUGUACUGUUUUCUACAGUCACCUUUCCUAUGUUUAACCUGAUAAUCUAUAGCUUCAGGAACAAGGAUGUGAAGAAUGCCAUAAAAAAGCUCUAUGAACAAAAAUGGAUUUUCAAAUGA